AUGGUUAAGGACGCCGCCUUAGCAAAAAAGAAGUACACUAGAAAUAAAUCAGGUUGUACCACUUGUCGGAAAAGGAAGAAACGAUGUGAUUAUGGUAAACCUAAAUGUGCAGCAUGUAUACGAUUAAACCUUGAUUGUGAAUACCAAGUUGAACCAAUAAUCUGGAAAGUGAGGAAUCUAAACGAUGAUGGUACCACCACAGAGAGCGUACUGAUGAUCCAGCAUACUUCAGAAACUGGUGGUGGUGGCGGUGAUAGUGACUUGAAAGUAGUUGAUGUAAAAGGUGUUAAAGAUGAACAACCAGAGGGUAAAGAACCAUUCACUCCUUAUCAUGAAUACUUACUGAUGACCCCACCCAAAUUUUAUUCUUCUAAAACUGUACCCUAUCAUCAAAUACCGUUAUUCCAAAUAUCACAAGAAAAUCACCAUGGCCAUAACGAGAAUAAUCGACAAGAAGAAGAUCAACAUCAAGGGAACGAUAACCAAUUCAACAAAUCACAAAAGGUGGAUCAACUGACUAAGGACUCUCCUGAACCUGAAGAAGUCAUCCCUAUAACUCGUGAAAAGUCAGCUACUCCUUCAAGUCCUUGGAGUAUCAGUAAUUUCUUUGCAAAUAAUGAUUUUUAUUUGUCACCUUCAGAUCCAGAAAUCGCCCGACUCACCAAAAGGGAUGAUGAUGAAAAAUCAACUGAUUUGACCUUGAAGGAUCCGGAACCAUUCUUCAAAGCUAACAUCACCAACGAGGUUUAUUUGACAUUCGAUUCUAAUAGUUUCCAAAACUUACAUGGCUAUAGGUUUACUUUACCUAAAUUCGUGUCAGUAGAAUCAGCAGAAAUUUUGUUAUCAUACUUUUGUGAAAAGAUGGCUCCUAAAUUCAGUGUUUGUAGCAAAGAGGCAAGUUCUUUAGUGUUAACCUAUUUACCCUUGGCUUCAUUUAAUGGUAUUGUGUUAUCGGCCCUAUUGGCUUGGGUAAGUUUUCAUUUCGAAAAAAAUGGUGAUACCCAGUUUGUUCAGUUGAAGAAAAGACUUUUACAAGAAGUUGAGGUUAAAUUGUCGGAAAUCAAUAAUGGUAAGGUCAAAGUACCUUUGGAAGUGACUUUGGCAUCCUUAUUGAUCAUGAUAGCUAUUGAAAAUAAGGGAACGUCUUCCAAUUGGUUCAGCUAUUUGAGAAUGGCUCAGAAAUCCAUAGGUAAUUCCAAAACUUAUGGAGAUUCCUCUGACUUAAUUUGGUUGAAAAGUAAUUUACUAUACCAUGAGGUUACAGGACCUGCGCUUUUAUCUUUAGAAGACUCAGUUGAAAGUCCAUCAGAUUUGUUUGAUUUUGAUAAUCUAGACGAAAAUCCUGAAGCUUAUAUGGGAAUAUCCCGAAGGAUAUAUAAGAUUAUGGGUGAUAUCUUUAAAUUAUCUCGAAAAUUGGUUACUUCCUCUAGCAUGGAUGUGUUGGAAGAUGUUUGUGAAGCUGCUGAACGAUUAGAAGUUAGAAUAGAAAACUGCAAACCUUUAGAACCAACAGAGGGAAUGCUUAAAAACGGUACUUUGGUAUAUCAUGAGAUAUUUUUCAAACUUCUCAAAGAUACUGCUAGACUAUAUAUUCGACAAUGUGUUUAUAUGGUCGCCCCUGUGAGUAUUAAAUCUACCAUGAUUGUAGGAAGAAUGAUGAAUCAGUUGAAGAAAUUAUUUGGUUCUGAAAUUGAUCCUGCUUUGUUGUUUCCUCUCUUCAUCAUGGGGGUCGAUACUGUUUCUAUCUAUGUUAGAGAUUGGGUGAUAAAAAUGAUGAAAGAUUUGUAUGGCAGGGUUGGAUCAGGGAAUAUUUUGGUGGCUAUCAAGUUGCUUCACAAAGUUUGGGAUCUGAAUAAUGAUGGGAAAAUCCAUGUCUUUUGGCCACAAGUAGCAAAAGACCAUGGCUUAUUGGUUAGUUUGGCGUAA